AUGGAGUGCCCUGUGUGCCUGGGAGCAAGUACUCGCGAAGAAAGUUUUCACUGCACGAAAAGCGAUGACAACAGAAAUUCUACUGAACGGAAUACCCACGUAAAAGAUUUCAAGGCAUGCGGAGAUCCAGAGUCUGUGGACGUGGCGGAUCAGUGGAACGCUCGGUGGAUGGUUACUGUGGACGAGGGCGAAUUUGGUAGCGGCUGCAUCGACAUGACGUUUGACCGCAUCCCAACGUUCCACUUCUGUACCACGCUGUUUCCCAUCAUCAUUCUCUCCCUACUCAUGUGCAUCACCUUCGUGCUGCCCAUUGAAAAGGGGGACCGUAUUUCCUUCGGGAUGACGAUCCUGUUGUCCAUGGUGGUGUCUCUGGUUUUCGUCACGGAUGUCCUACCGGCCAAGGGCUCCAUGCCUGCAGUAGCGCUGCUGAUCGUCGUGUACAUGUGCAUGAUGGGAUUUUUCCUGAUCGUGACCGUGAUAGUCAUCAGGAUCAGCUCAAAGGAUGAAGACCUCCCUCCACUUGUGAAGAAGGUGUUUCUCCGGUAUGUUGCACGCCUGGUGCUCCUGGGGGACCUGACCAAGCCAACACAAGGUCACACUGUCCUGAAAGUGGACGACUUUGAAAUGGCGCCGACAAGCAUGCCGGGAAAUGACAGUAAAUCAUCCGAAGCUGAGCCAGACCACCUUCUCGAAGUCCUGCUGUCUCUUAAGGAGUCCGUCGAUAAUCUUAGCAAUGCCGUGGAGACCUUUGGAACCUCCAAACCCUCCGAAGCGACGGAAGACGAACCUGCAAAAACGGACUACUCCCAGCUUGCCAGGGUCCUGGACCGUCUGUGCCUCAUCUUGUAUGUGUUCGGAUUGAUCUUUUCGAUUCCCUGGGUUAGGUUUUCCGUACGCGACUCCGACGUAACCUAG